AUGUCGUUAGCAUCGAAAAUUACAUUAGGAUUGGCUUGCACACUUACAGCAGGAAUAAUUGUAUUUGUUAACGCCAAAGAUUGGAUUGAUAAAAAAAACAUGCAUAAAGGUGUUUUAAAAGAUGUAGAAAGGCAGCAGAAAAAAAAAAUAGAAAAUUUGUACUGGUUGGAAAAGCAAGUUGAGAUGACAAAAAUUUUGAAACAGAAACAAAAUGAGGAGAAGAAAAUUGUUAUCCCCUUAUUAGAAGAUGAUAAAAAGGGAGAAUUUUAA